AUGUUUAAGCAGAGUUAUACUUCACAGUCCGAAUUCAUGAUGUCUCAAAGUGGUCUGUUUUCCCUGCUUGCUGCCGCCAAUCUUCGAAGCUUGGUUGACCACAAUAUGCAGGAGGAUUCCAAUUCCCCGUUUUCUCCUGUGGACAGUUCAAGCAACAGCGAGGGGGAACAGGACGCGCAGCAGAAGAGAAAUGGCAGAAAGAGGCGUUCAGGCCAAAGGUCUCAUAGACCCAGUACCGGGAAGAAAGGCAUGAAAAUUUCUCCUCUUGCCCAAAGUUUGGAAGAUAUUCAUACCCAGAGAGUUGUAGCCAACGUGAGGGAACGCCAGAGGACACAGUCCCUGAAUGAUGCAUUUGCAACUCUUCGGAAAAUCAUUCCCACUCUGCCUUCAGAUAAACUCAGUAAAAUCCAAAUCCUUAAACUGGCCACUAGGUACAUCGACUUCCUUUACCAAGUGCUGCAGAACGACGAAAUGGACAGCAAGGUGACGAGCUGUAGUUAUCUGUCACACGAGAGACUCAGUUAUGCUUUCUCUGUCUGGAGGAUGGAGGAAUCUUGGCCCUUGUCUGCUGGGCCUUAGCGACUGCUACCAAUCAGGCACAUUGAUUUGCUACGUGGGAACUCUACGCCAGCACAUUAAGAACAUUUUAAAGAUGAACUAAGUGUAAUCAAUUGUCAAGAGCACUUAAAUACUGGGUUGCGGAUGUGGGUAUACCUAGAAUUCUACCGGGAGAUCAGGCAAUGUUGGUCCGUGGAUUCAAUGUUAUCUAUUUAUUUGCAUGUCUUCUGCAAGGCUUCAAUCCCACCGGAUACCGUGUGGCGAGACUGGGAAAUCGUGUUGUAAAACAAGGAAGAACACUGCGGGCACAAACUCAGAACUUUGUUGUGAAAUAUUAUUAUUUUUUUAUACUUUAAUUGGAAACCAAACUUUUAUUUCUUGAGACUGGGCUCUGAAUGUUGUGAAGUUCUUGAUUUAUUUUAAGAAAAGCUAUAUGGCGUUGUGUUUUGUAAUAAAUGCAUAUUGCAUCCAGUUCCCUUCCCCCCUGUUUUAUAUAUUGCCGUCGAAUUUUGGUAACUCUGUUACUCCCUGGGGACCACGGAGGCCUUCAGUAGUUAAACAAAAAUAAUUUUUUCUUACAGAUGCUCAUAAGCUUCAAGAGAACUAUGUUUUCCAUAUGCUUAAAGUGGUGAUCUCUUCAUAGAAACAAAUAUACUACACGGUUAUCAGACAGGAUAAAACAAUAUAUCCAUGAAGAGCUGUUUCUGAGGUUGUUCACACUUAACGUUUUAUGCCGGGGGAGCGCAAUGAAGACUCCGACUCAUUUAGAACAAUUCUCUUUUCCGAAAAAAAUAAUUGGGGUUAGUGAUUCAGGAACGGAAAAUAAUCUCACUUUUAGUAAAGGAUAUCAAAUUAUGAUUUGCUGAUCACUUCCUAUCAGUUCCUCCCCAGACUUAGUACAUAACCAGAAUUUUCAGCUUUAAUUUAAAGUUCGCAGCAAAUACAAGUUAGGCUUUGUUAGGAAUUCCCUUUAUGAAACUGAAGUUUUUAUAUAAAAAUUAUUGGGUGUAUUAUUAAAAUCUAUUUAUUUCCUAAAUGGUUCUUUCCCAACACUCGGUAGCCAGGUUACGUCAGUCUGAAAUUCGGAAACACCGGUGGCUAUUUUCCUAGUACAGGUGCAGACGGGGUUUACGCUGACUUUCAGUGGAAAAAGGGAGAAAGCGAGGCCGAAAAAAGGCAUAGGAUUCAACUAAAACAAAAGUUAACGACUCAGAGAUUUGCUUUACUACCGUCAAAACAAGGAAAGAAAAUGAAAAAGGGUAAUUUGGUUUACACAAUGAUGCUGCUUCUAUUUGCUGUUAUCCAACAAAACUAGGUUUGUUGAUCAAAGACAGAAUUCAAUGAAAUGUUAAAAUGUGCAGGAUUACAUGGUGCAAAAAUUACUAGUUCUAUUAAACGUUUGCAAUAUACUCUAAAAUUUAGUCACGAACGAUUUAAACUUGUGACGCAUUUACCUUUUAAAAACAAAAAUCAGAUUUGCUUUUAAUUUUUUUAUAACUUGAAAUAAUAAAGCGUACAAUAAAAUAGAAUAGUGCUUUGAAAAUAUUGAAACAGUACUUUGGUUUAUUUACUAUGCAGUCAAUGGUUCCUGCUCGUUACCUAGCGAUUUAGCAUUUUAAUACUGGAGUACACCUCUAAUACAAACCAAUGUUAAUCAUCUGCCCUGCUCGGCUUUGUUUGUACCCUGUAGAAAUAUAAUGUUACAGAAUUCUAUUAUAAAAAAGUAAUUCUGGAAAUCAGAGUAACCCUUUGUGCAUUUCUCAUUCUCCUCUGCAUCUGCACUUCUAACACUGGGUUGUUCAGUAUUUGUAAUAAAUCG